AGUGAAACUCUGAUGUGAAUCUUCACCAAAAUUUCGCAAUUUCAAAAAAGAUAUUGGCCUCAACAGGUGAUAUACACUGAUGAGAAUAAGGACUUCAUUACCAGUGAAUAAAUCUAAAUCAGGUAUUACAAUGGAUAGAAAUGGUUUCCCACGACUGUUAAUUGCAUGGCAAUCCUAGGAAAGGCAAAUGAUAGGACCGAUUACAUGUGUAAUUCUUAACAAUCUCAUCGGUCACCGAAUACGAGCCGCAUUAACCGUAGGUGUUAUAUUAAAGGGAUGAACGAGUCUAGAUAUAUAAUGCUUCACUGUCCCGAGGCACUUGCCGUCCAUCAGAGGAGAGUCGAUUAUUAUCACAAAAACGCUUAUACGUGCGAUAUGGCCAAAAAUGAGCAAUAAUUUUUUUUUGGUGAAAAGAAGAUCAUGAUUAAAAAUAACGAAACGAAAAAAAAAAAAGUCGAAGAAAAGGAUAAAAGAAGCGAGGAGAAUUUAUAGCUCUCAAGUAGCAAAUGGAUUUAAAUUUGAAUUCGUCUAUUGCGAUAUUAAUGUGUAAUGCUGCUAAAAAGUGAAAUUAAAGGACAAGCAGAAAUAUACCUUUGGGAAAAUUUAAUUAUAUAAUUAUCGAAGAAAAAAUGAAAUAAUUUGAAGUCAUCAUCAUCAUCAUCAUUAUUGAGAAAAAUGAACCAUUUCCUCUUUCUCGCAAAAAAACAAUGUGUAUUUUCAACAAGAUCAUCUCAUUUACGGUCAGCAAACACGUCUUAUAUGAUCUGCAAAAUAAUGCUUUCGAGGCUAACGUUCAAUCUUUAGUGGGAGAAAGAGAGAGAGAGAGUGAGCUAUAUGGUUAAAUCCAUAUAGAAUUGUGAUAAAAUUGGUACAAGCUUCUCUCUGAGUAUAGAUAUUUAGCAUGUGGAUUAUCAUAUUCAUUUCGCGUGAGGCGCGCAACAAUCAUCCGAAAAUUAUACCAAAGGAAAGAACCAUCUUGCGCGCAGCGAAUAGACAAAGUACCCAUGGAGUACAUUGUCUUCAUACAUAUAUAUAUAUAUAUAUAUGAUGCCGUAUGUGUUCCAAAGAGAGAAGUUGCGCUCUCUCGUGCGGGGGUGCGCCCACGCCAAUGACGUCACCCGGCGAACGUUGCCAGUCUUACCAAAGUGAUGGACGUACUGGUGUGCGUGUCCAAGAGGGAGGGGAAAGUAAUGAAAAGGUAGUGGGAGUAAGGUGGAUUACGGAGGGAAGAAAGGGUAUAAUCGCGACCAAUGGGGUGGGACUCAAAGAGGUUGCGGGACGAGUUCUGGAAGAGAGGAAACCAACGUGGCGGGGAAAGCUCAGUGAAGGAAUGAAUGGAGAUUGCAAGAGACGAAUGAGUUGACCAAGCAAGGUGGUGAAGGGGAAAUGAGAAAAUCAAGAAGAAAGAUGAUGAUAAUGAUGAAGAAAAGAGGGGAAAACUAAAAGAAGAGUGGAAGAAGAAAAGUAUAAUAUGGAGAGGAAGACUCAUAUAGGUAACCGUCAACAGUAUCGGGAGUAACCCCAGGGUGAUGUCGACGACACGUGACGUUGGCAAAUCUUGUUUUCUCUCUCUCUCGCUCGUACACCGGACAAGUUUGCGCGCGAGCCACUCUUUAUUAGUCUAGCGCGGACCAUCGCGAACCCCUGCCCACUAUCUUGGGCUCCAGUAAAGAAACUCGUGUGACAGACUACAAAAUAUAAUUACAACGUCUUCGAUGACAGAUAAGGAAUAAGACACAUAUACAGUGCACGGUUGAUACAUUUUUUUUGUUUUUUAGUGCUGUUUCGAAAAAGUGUAUGUGUUGAAUUUCAAUCGAGGGAUUGAAUACGGUGUGUGGCUGUGUGUGACAUGUACGGCCGGUCAUUGUUGUUGACAGCGACCGGUGAGCCUUCUUCUUCAUCAUUGGAAGUGAGGUCGAGGUCUAGGGAAACUAAGCCGAUCGGGGCGACAAGUUGAAAAGAUGCUGGCGCUCGCGAUGCGACGCGAACAUACCACUGGACGCAGCACAAAUUACGAUCCUUCAACACCACUUGUUGGUUUUGAUCAUCUACAAAGUAAUCCAUUCUCUGGUGGUGGUGAUCAACCAUCGGAAAGUAGAGUGCGCGAUAUACCAUCCGAGACUGAAGGCGAUGGUGAACUUCAGGAAUUUGUUGACAUUGCCCAAGUGCAACAACUCCUUCAGCAGCAACAACAACAACAUCAGCAGCAACAAUCAGUUGCUGCGGCUACAGCUGCUUCAGCGCCUUGCAUAUGGGGCACAGUUUAUCCUCCACCGCCACCAAAUAUUGGAUACACUCAUCAUCAUCAUCACCAUCAUCCACCUCCUCCAGCAGGCGAGGAUACUUGCGCUCCUGAAGGGAUCGCUGGUCCAGGAGGAAGACAACAUUCAACCUUUCAGAGGAUGACGAUGGACGGUAUGGAAGUUAUGGGCUCGCAACCCCAUGCUGCCGCAACAAGUCCCUUUCUUCUGUCUUCUCCACCCUUGGGGCAUCAUCAUCAUCAUCAUGCAACUUUUAAUUUACAAACAGUGCAAUUGAGCUUUGACGCCUGUUUAACGUACAAUGCAGUGACGUCGGCCGCCGGUCUUGGCGGUACAUCGUCUCUCACAACAAAUACAUCAUCCCUUACGGGAAAAGCCGCUGUACCAACUCUCACUCUUGGCAAUUGUACUCCUCUUCAUCAUCAGCAGCAAGUCACAUCCUCUGAAUCGCCCGACGGUCAACAAUCCCAUCAUCGUGAUCAUGCCAAUCAUCACGAUCAUCAUCAUCCGCAUCAUCAUCGACACGAGGAUCAUCAUAGACUACAUUCCGAUGUUGAUGCACCCACUUCGCCAAGGGAUCAUGACAAGAGGCAUUCACAAAGACUUGAGGAUGAACGUGAACGCAUCACCGAUUGCCAUGAUAGUUUGCAGGAUCAAAACGAGAAAGACAAGGCUGGUGAUCUCAAUACACCGGUUACCACCAGCAGCGAUUUGCCCUCCUUUUUCGGCCCCUCCGCCCUCGUCGAACCACCACCGAUCACAGGUGGUUUAACGGGAGAUGAUCUCUCAUUGGACGAGCCAACAGUGGAAGAUGAUAAUUCCGCGAGUAGAGAUCGACACCAUCAUCAACAGCAGCAGCAGCAGCAUCAUCAUCACCAUCAUCAGGAAUCACAGGAUCAUUCAGUAGGCGCACCCUCCACGAGUCCAGUGUCUCAGCAUCAAUCUCAAGACGAUGUUGAUCGUUGUAAUAUUCUUCAGGGCGGUGUUAUUCUUUAUUCAGCGCCACAUUCAACGUCAACAGUUGCUUCAACACCAUCGUCGAGUGUAAAUAUUUGUAAUGUACCAACUCUCACGUAUCGUGGUGUUUUCACAACAACCUGCACGCAAUCCUCAACGUUGAAUAAUCUACAAACACCGCAGCAGCAACAACAACAAUUACAACCACAAACUCCAAAUCAAGAAAUUUGGGGUUCCCUUCCAUCGCCUACUUUAACACUUACCGGUCAACCUUUUUUGCAUCCAACUCUACACACCGGUCCAUAUGGUGGCGAGACUGUGGAAUUAUUACAAGUCGAUUCAAAACCCACAGCACCUCCCGGAUAUCACGAUACACCGAGUUCCACAUCUUCCGGUUGGUUGACCGCUCACGAAGAAGCCUACGAUCCUGGGUUAUUGUCACACCAUCAUCAGCAACAUCAUCCCCAUCAUCACCACCAACAGCAGCAGCAGCAGCAACACCACCAGGAACCAACCCUGAAACAGGAACCAUCACCUGGUUAUUCAACGAACGUUCCACCUCAACAACAACAACAACAACCAUCGUCAAAUCAAACAGCAGCCGGUGUUCAACUUGCCGAAUACAAUCCAAGUACCUCAAAAGGUCACGAGAUUCUUUCACAAGUUUAUCAACAGAGUGCAUUACCUCUAAGGCUAGUUCCAGUAAAACCAAGAAAAUAUCCAAAUCGUCCAAGUAAAACCCCAGUUCAUGAACGACCCUACGCAUGUCCCGUUGAUGGUUGUGAUCGACGUUUCUCACGUAGUGAUGAAUUAACACGACACAUUCGCAUUCACACGGGACAAAAACCAUUUCAAUGUCGAAUAUGUAUGCGUUCAUUUUCAAGAAGUGAUCAUUUAACAACGCAUGUACGAACUCAUACAGGUGAAAAACCAUUUUGUUGCGAUCAAUGUGGACGUAAAUUUGCAAGAAGUGAUGAGAAAAAACGACACGCCAAGGUUCAUUUGAAACAGAGGCUAAAACGUGAGGCGACACAUUCAUCAUCAUCAUCGUCGUCAUCGCGAAAUCAUCAUGCAGCAUCAUCACCAUGUAAUCAGUAAUGUAAUAUUGUAUAAUGCCCGGUACCCAGUCACACAAAUACGAGAUAAUCCCGGGCACAAAGCUAUAUAUUUUUUUUUUUUCGUGUUUUUUAAACACAGAUAUAUAUACAAACAUACAUUUGAUCUCGCAAUUGAAAAAAAAAAAUACAUCAAGUAUUAUAUAUAUACGAGUUGAAUGUUGAUUGAUAUUUGAAUUUUCAAAUGGAAAUUUUGUUUCGAAUUGCAAUAUUUUGUAAAGAAAAAAAAAUAAAUUUCUUAUUGAAAAAAAUAUAAAAAUUUACAAAAUAAGAAUUAAAUGCAAAUUUAAUUAAAUCAUAUGAAAUUUUGGAUUAAAAAUUUUAAUUUUCAAAAUCCGGAGAAAUAUUUUUUUU